UACCCCCAAAGCCGUUUUUCUUUUCCUCCAACAGGUGUCACCAGUUCUGCGGAGUCUGCGGUCCUCAAGAUUCAGAAAGACGGGGCUGGGAGUGAAGGGGAGGGGGCAUCUUCGUUUACGUUAUUGAGACACCUUUUUGUCCGCGGGUGUUUGUGCCUGUUUUAACCGAUAUGUGUCGUGCUAAGGCAGAGGAGAAGCAGCUAAUACCGAGAGCAGUACCUGGUCAACCGAUGUCCUCCAGCUGAGACUCACCUCCUCAGGCUCCGGUUUUGGAAACAAAGUCUUCCACCAUGGUGUUGAACUCCUCCAGGCUGAAGUAUGUCUCCCUGGGGGUCCUGGUGCUGCAGACAACCUCACUGGUGCUCACGAUGCGUUACUCCCGCACCCAGAAGGACUUGGGCCCCCGCUACUUGGCCUCCUCGGCUGUGGUGUGUGCUGAGGCGCUGAAGGUUUUCACCUGCAUCCUCUUGGUUUUCAAAGACAGCGGUUUCAGUGUAAAGCUGAUGAACCGACUCCUGAAGGAGGAGAUAGUGAACAAACCUCUGGAGACCAUGAAGCUGGCCAUCCCUGCAGGGAUCUACACGCUGCAGAACAAUCUGCUCUACGUCGCCUUGUCCAACCUGGAUGGAGCCACCUAUCAGGUCACGUACCAGCUGAAGAUUCUUACCACCACGUUAUUCUCCGUCUUCAUGUUGGGGAAGAAGCUGAGUCUCCAUCAGUGGAUCUCCCUUUUCCUCCUCAUGGCUGGAGUCACUCUAGUGCAGUUGCCGCAAAGUACUCAAGACGAGCAGAAAAGCCUGACUGCCAGCUCCCAGUUCGUGGGUCUUGUCGCUGUGCUCAUGGCUUGCGUGUCCAGCGGCUUUGCUGGAGUUUACUUUGAAAAAAUCCUCAAGGAGACAAAGCAGAGCGUCUGGGUCCGUAACAUACAGCUUGGUGUGUUUGGCUUCAUAUUUGCCAUGACAGGAAUGGUGAUUUAUGAUUAUGACAAAAUACGAGAAUCAGGGGUAUUUCAAGGUUACAACACUAUAACCUACAUUGUCAUCAUCUUGCAGGCGGUGGGAGGACUGGUCAUUGCAGUGGUCAUUAAAUACGCAGACAACAUCCUCAAAGGAUUUGCUACCUCACUGUCCAUCAUUGCUUCUGCGGUCAUUUCAUAUUUCCUGUUGAAAGACUUCAAUCCUACUGAAACAUUUUUUUUAGGGGCGGUGCUGGUUAUUACUGCCACAUUUCUCUACAGCUACCAGUGCAAACCUCCCCCUCUUAUCACUGUCAAGACUGAAAACUGAAAACAAACAAACACGGAUUUCAAUGGACUGUGAACUUCGUGUCACCAGGAGUGGGCAGAAGUUGGAGCCCAAGUCUGAGGAACGCUCUGGACAGACGCACACGUUUACUGUAAUGACCACAUUCUGUGCUGUAUGUGCAAUCCUAAACUGCAUUAUGUAAAACAGUGGCCACUGGCGGACAUAUUGGGUACUGCAGGCCGAAUUUACAACACUGCCACCUUGCUACCAGACCUAAGAAGUGAAAUGUAGCGAGACAAUUACAACUGCAGACCCUGUUAUUUGUAAGCUUGUACACAUAGUGUACAUUUUUGGUUGAGUCUGUCAUGACAUCAACAUGUACAGACUGACCAACUGUGUGUCUGUAGCGGUGCUGGCAGCCAACACAUGCCAUACACUGAGUAAAACAGAAGAAAAACAAGCCAAUAAUACUGCUGAAAAUAUUUAUAUUUCCACAGACACUGUGAAUAUUACACCGUGACAGGAAACGAAGAUUUGUAACUUUGUACUUUUUUGGUUAGUUUUGACAGGGUUUAAAGAAUAUUUUUAUCUAUAAAAAAGACCUGAAUUUUUCACUUUGGACCUGACACUGUUUACUGCUGAGUAAAAUGUCAGGUUGGCUGUUUGUAUUUUUACACAUUUAGUCUUUGAUGACAUGGUCAUAGUAAUAUAUUCCAGAUGAUGAACCUUUAAGGGAUCAUUAUAAGAAAGCAUUAAAUCAGUGGUUGGAUGUUAAACAUUUCUGUUAGGUACAAUGUGUUAUGUAUUAUAAUAUGAGGAGUAUUAGUGAUGCUGGGACACAUGUCCUUGGAAAGGGCUUCCACACAGUGCUAAAUAUGAAGUUAACCUGCUGUAAUGAGAAAGGAUUUUCUCUGUAUAGAAAUGCUGACAAUGCUGUUUUUGUACAUUAUGGGAUGUGACUGUUUUGAUCUUGUAGCUCAAAGAGUCCCUCUAAUUCAAAAUGAACAUUUCUUUUUUUUAAUGCAAAAUAAAGCCCUUUUUUUUCUUA